GAUUGCCUAUUGUUUGCAAGGGAUUACGUGCAUGCCUGGUUCUUAUCAUCUAUGAGCAAUUGCAUUUGUCCAGUUUUACCUUAACACCGCGAACAAGUGUAGCAGUAACGAUUCUUUUUUUGCUCUUGUGGGUAGGCUUCAGUUGAGAGAAUGAAGUUCAGUUUUCAAAUUUUCUUAUGCCUCCUUCUUUUUUAUACUGGUGUAAGUGGAGAAUCUACUGCACAGUUAGAAGGUUCAAGCCAUUCAAAUGAGGCGGAGGCAGACUCUGGACUGUAUGUCCGCAAACCUAGAUGCACUAAUCUAAAACUCUCCCCCGAAGUCCGAGUGGAGUACAUUCCAAACUACAUGGCACCUGGGGUCCAGCAGGCCAGAAGACAACAACCAGCCCAUGUCCUCAACCACAGACCCUUACCUUUCGGAUCGUCAGAAUCCAGCAUCUUCGGCCAGCAAGGUUGUGAUGCCAGUACGGAGCGGAAAGGUUCAAGCUACAGGCUUCAAUCCUGAAAGGCGAACCUGGAUGUCGCAGCCUAGAAAUUCCUUAACCAACCGUGACGCUCAUUUUCUUAGGGGGAAUCCAAAUCCUGAUGCACCUAGGGGAAUUAUUCCCUUAAGAAACUCCAAUGCCGGUCGAACCAACUAUAGGAAUCUUCAAGCCCAAAAUUCAAAUUCUAGUGUUGCAAGUCAAUUCAGGAGACCCAACUACUAUAACCAAAACAGGAAUUUCCAAACCAGAAAUCUCGAUACUAAUAAGGUAAGAAAUGUUUCGGUAUCAAGUUUCAACUCUGGUAUAUUGAAUAGAAAUAUCCAAGGAGCUCAACCCAAACGCAAUUUUACCCCGUGGUUUUGUCUGGCCUCGCAGACAGUACAUCACUCAAGCAAACCUGUCCGAGAAGAAACCUUCGGUUGUGGGUAAUCAAAAGGUCAUGAAUAAUCAUCAACAAGUUUACAACCCGAGUAUGAGCUCUCCUCAUGCUUCCAGGCGACUCAAUAUUAAAGUCAAACCUGAGGUUAUUACCCACAUUAAUAGACCAUAUCAAACAUUGCAGCACGUCCAAUAAAAGUUGAAUUGCAACACGGAGUAUUCUCAAGGCCCUUUUUCAGGUGAAAUGGUGUCACCUUUAUUUUAAAAGUUAAACAUAUUGCAUUGCUUAUUUUUUUUCCUGCAUAUUAUAUUAUAUUAUUAAAAUAAAAUG